UUUCAGUCUCUACUGCUCAUUGAGAGUGAGAACAGUGGUUCAGGGAGCACUGGACCAUGGCAGAGCCUUUGCUCUGUCCUGCUGGGCAAGAAUUUGCCCUUCUGAGUAAGAGUGCUUAGUUUGGAGACAAACUUACCCCGAAGCUGCCUUUUUUCCCACUGCUGUCAGAGUUGUGCUCAAGGGGGUCCAGCUCCCCCUGUCCUGCAGUGUAUGUUGGCCCUUUCACCCCAGCCACCUGCCCUGGAGAAGCCAGAGAGGGACUCGGGUCCCCAGCUGCCUGUCCAGCGCCUUCCUGGAGUAAAGGCUGGGGAGCACCUGGCUUCCUGCUGAUGCCAAGAUCUGGCCCUGUUGACUUUUCAGCACUGAGGCUGGUAUCUGUACCCCUUGCAAGCCUCCAGCAAAGCUCUGCCAGGAUGAGCUAUUGGGGCAGCGCUCAGUACGUGCGCUUGUCCUGCCCAGCCUUCCCGCAAGCUUGGGACACGGCGUCCAGACAGCCCUGCGCCGAGGCGUCCCCUGCCCUGCCUUCCCCCCGUCACACCCCCUGGUGCCCGGAAGCCUUGGGAAAAGAUCUGCCGUGAAAGCAAAGUCCAGGCUGCUGGGUGCAGGGCAGCCGCGGCCGAGCACUGAGAGGCAAUGGCAGGCGGGCUCCGGGCACGGCUGGGCAUGGACUGCUCUUGGCGCUGGUUGCGCGGCUGGCGUUUAACCGCGGGGCUUGCGGGAGCGCGGCUGGCCCAUGCUGGGGCUGCAUCUCGGCUGCAGCGGGAGUACGAUGCGGUGGUGAUCGGGGCAGGGCACAACGGGCUGGUGGCAGCUGCCUACCUGCAGCGGGCAGGGCUGCGCACGGUCGUGCUUGAGAAGCGCCAUGUGCUGGGUGGUGCAGCUGUCACAGAGGAAAUUGUGCCAGGCUUCAAGUUCUCCCGGGCGUCAUACCUGCUCAGCCUGCUGCGGCCACAGAUCUACACUGAGCUGGAGCUGGAGAGGCAUGGUCUGAGGGUGCUCCCACGGGAUCCCUACUCCUUCACCCCGCUACUGGAGGAUAAGGGCUCUCCCCGUUCCCUCCUGCUGGGACGUGACAUGGCCCAGACCCAGCAGCAGAUUGCCCAGUUCUCCCAGAAGGAUGCCCAGGCUUACCCUGAAUAUGAAGUGUUCAUGGGACGCUUGGUGUCAGCUCUCAUCCCGCUGCUGGAUGUCCCCCCAGUGGAUACAGCUACCCUGAGGCAGGGCUCCCUGCUGCAGCGGCUCAGGGCCCUGCGAGCCCUGCAACGCCUGCUGCAGGCAGGGCUGAUGCUGGGAUGGCAACUGCCCCGCUAUUACGAGGUGCUCACAGCCCCCAUCUCCAAGAUACUGGAUCAAUGGUUUGAAUCGGAGCCCCUGAAGGCAACUCUGGCUACUGAUGCAGUGAUUGGAUCCAUGGCCAGUCCCUACACCCCUGGUAGUGGGUACGUGCUGUUGCACCAUGUGAUGGGUGAGCUGGAGGGACAGCGGGGUGCCUGGGGCUAUGUUGCUGGUGGGAUGGGGGCUCUAUCUCAAGCCAUUGCCUGUGCAGCAGCUGCCCUGGGAGCCCACAUCUUUGCUGAAAAGGCGGUGUGCCAUGUGCUGCUGGGCAGGGAUGGACAAGCACAGGGCAUUGCUCUGCAGGACGGGACAGAGGUGCGAAGUAAACUGGUGCUGUCCAACGCUUCCCCACAAAUCACCUUCCUGGAGCUUGUUCCCCGGGAGCAGCUGCCAAAAGAUUUUGUGAAGCAAAUACAGCAGGCUGACACACGCUCCCCUGUCACCAAGAUCAACGUGGCAGUUGAUCGGUUGCCCAACUUCCUGGCUGCCCCCAAUGCUUGUGAUGGCCAGCCGCUGCCCCACCACCAGUGCUCCAUCCAUCUCAACUGUGAGGGCACCCAUCUCCUGCACCAGGCCUUCACUGAGGCCAGCCAUGGGCACCCUUCCAGCAGGCCCAUGAUCGAGCUCUGCAUCCCCUCGGUGCUGGACCCAGGGCUGGCCCCACGUGGCUGCCAUGUUGUGUCCCUCUUCACGCAGUACACUCCCUCUGUACUGGCAGGCGGGCAGUCCUGGGAUGAGCAGGCCAGAAACGCAUAUGCAAAUACAGUGUUUGACUGCAUUGAAGACUAUGCCCCGGGGUUCAAGGCAUCUGUCAUAGGAAGGGACAUCCUGACACCACCAGACCUAGAGAGGAUCUUUGGGCUGCCUGGUGGGAACAUCUUCCAUGGAGGGAUGUCCCUGGACCAGCUGUACUUUACUCGGCCAGCACCUUUCUACUCAGGCUACCGGUCCCCAAUUCCUGGCUUGUACCUGUGUGGAAGUGGAGCCCACCCUGGAGGAGGAGUGAUGGGAGCAGCAGGACGCAAUGCUGCACAAGUGGCCCUUGAGGAUUUCAGGCACCUGUGAAGGCAGUGGUGACACUUGUCUUCACCUGUUCAAGGACUGUGGCCGCAGUGAACCAUGUUCACGCUAUGCAGAGUCUUGCUCAUCUCCAGUGUACUUCCCUGGCAUCACAGGGCAGCAGCAUCCUCUGAGACCUGGGGACUGCAGGAUGUCAGGGUCUCCUCCCAACUGCUACCAUGGCCCCCAACUCUCCACUGCCCAGCCUUGCUUAGGUGACUGUGGCAAGCCACGCUCAGCUUCUACCCUGUGCCAGUGGAAAUAAACCCUGCUGAGUGUUACCUUCAGGGAAACCAGGCUGUGAUAAACCAACACACCCAGGCUCCAGCUUGAGCACUGUCAUUGUAGUUUUUCAGGUCUCUGUGAAGAUACCAGCAUGCUGGCGUGGGGAGCUGCA